AAGGAGCUAAAGGAGUAGGUAGAAAGGAACCGAAGUGCAAAGACCUGCCUGGCCAGGGAACUUGGUAAGAUUUUGCAAUUGAAAGUGAAACGAGUCCCUUUAGUGGUGUGAGUACUUGACACCAUUCCCAUAGCACAAUCACACAUCUACAUGAAAUAGGCACACCACCAAUCUGAGGGUUUAAGGUGGCGUAUUUUUGGAACAGCUCUGAGAAAAACCCUAAGCUGACCCCUGAUUGCCCCCGGUUUCACGAAUACGCAACUGCGUAAAUUCACUUGCGCAACGUUUAUGGCGCAGCCUACGUCAUAAACGUUGCGCAGUGGACUUACGCAAUUGCGUAAAGUUUCGUGAAAUCGGCUGCUGGGCUGCAAUCGGCUGAAGAUGGUGGGGGGGGGGGGUAGAGAGGUUAGUAAAAUAUUCAUAAAAUGACAACUACUGACCACCAUAAGACCAUUGGCAAAUUCUGGGACAUUUUUAGAUAGAUGAAACACAUUUCAAAUCAAUCUUGAAACUAAAAAUAACUUUUUCUCACCAAAACGACCACUGCUGGUCAACGUGACCAUUGCAAAAUUGCCCAAGCUGUUGUACACCCCGAUUUGAACACCAAUACCAUUAGCCAAAAAUGUAGGCCAAUCGUCUAUACAUAGUACUUUUCAACUUUUAAUUUGGCCAAGAUUCGUUUUUUAAAUCAGCCAAAUACUUUAGGAGUAAUGUUUGUAUCAUUUGUUUAUUUUGUUAUCUGACCGUUUGACCAAAAGAAAGACUCACUUGCAUGGUUAGGCCUAUAAUGUGAACCUGUAAAAGCACAAACAAAUUACGCAGUACAGACACAUGUAUAGAAACUACCAGAUGCAACAAGCAACAAUCGUUGCGACUGUACCUUUUUACCCGCAUUCUAGUUUAUGCAAAUAAAAAUAUGCCAAUGUCGCCAUCUGCACGAAUCCCGAUACACGACAAUAAUUGAGUCAAUAAUUAUGCCAAUUCACACAAAUUUCAUACAAUCCUCCCGCACACACUUGGUUUUUCCCGGAUGAGAAACGCCAUCAAUUCCUAAACGUGGUUCAGUCGACUCGAUGUUUACGUUAUUCCACAAACUCUUUCUAUGAUGUAUAACACGGAUUGUUGAUUGUACUGCAGGGCUUUAGGAAGUUGAGUGUUCUAUAUACGUUGUUGGGGAAGAUCGGUUCAUAUAAGCCGUUUGUUCCAUAAAGCCAAAACGUACAAACGGAAUUUGAAUGGAUUUUCUUAGAAACGAUUCAUUAAAAUUGUAUAGCAAACUUAGAGUUCGGAUACAUCAUUGAGACGUCAUGAGUUAUGAGAGCAAAAAGAAAACAGUCUUUGAGCGUCUUGGUGCCAGAUCAGCCGGUAGUAGACACUCUGACAGUGUGGAGUCUAGCAGUGACAGUGCAAGGAUAGUCACUAGGCCCCGUGAGGACCUCGAAAGACCACACAACAGGGAACAUUCGUCUACUGGAGCUGCUGGUCAGAGUCCACUGGAGAUACCAUCCCGGUCAAGAAAGAGAGGGGAAGAAGAUGACGACUACAACCCGCAUAAGAGGAAAAAGGAAGACGGAAAUGAGGCAAAAGAUCGACGGAUUUAUUCCUCUAAAAGGGAUGCAAGUUCUACGUCCCGGUUUGCAAGGAUAGUCACUAGGCCCCGUGAGGACCUCGAAAGACCACACAACAGGGAACAUUCGUCUACUGGAGCUGCUGGUCAGAGUCCACUGGAGAUACCAUCCCGGUCAAGAAAGAGAGGGGAAGAAGAUGACGACUACAACCCGCAUAAGAGGAAAAAGGAAGACGGAAAUGAGGCAAAAGAUCGACGGAUUUAUUCCUCUAAAAGGGAUGCAAGUUCUACGUCCCGGUUUGCAAGGAUAGUCACUAGGCCCCGUGAGGACCUCGAAAGACCACACAACAGGGAACAUUCGUCUACUGGAGCUGCUGGUCAGAGUCCACUGGAGAUACCAUCCCGGUCAAGAAAGAGAGGGGAAGAAGAUGACGACUACAACCCGCAUAAGAGGAAAAAGGAAGACGGAAAUGAGGCAAAAGAUCGACGGAUUUAUUCCUCUAAAAGGGAUGCAAGUUCUACGUCCCGGUUUGUCAGACAGCCAACCGAACACAAGACGAGACAUUACAGCAGCAACGACAGACCAGGAUGUUCGCGCUGGGCAGAAAGAAACACCGGGACCAAGAGGAAGUUCGAGUAUCAUAAACGAACGGUAAAUAGUCCACCAAAACAUAAUUUAUCACGUUAUCGUAACCUAGAGUCGUCAAGACCACGCGGUUGUUUCAAAAGGUCGGGACCGUUUCAGAAAACACCGCCAAGGCGAGAAAUUCGUGGUUUACGCAUAUCUUUCAUGCUAGGACUUGACGGCGAGGAUAUUGUGGUAAAACUGGUAGGCGAAUCCCAAUCCCUGGUUAAGACUCUAGACAACAGUGAGAUGAGUGAUGAUACGGUCUCCCAGAUACUUCAAAUAAUAGAAAAGGCUUGCACAGGAAGCACUCAUCAUCAGAACAACCUCAAGUUGGUCAUAGGGGAUGUUGAGAACUCGGUGUUCUUCAAAAGGAGACUACUACAAUGGAUUAGAGAAACAAAGAUCAGUGACGAAACCCAGAAAAGUGUUGACAGAAUUUGUACCCUUUGUACUGCUAUUAUGCAACACUCGACGAAUCCCAUGGUGGCCGCUGAUCGUGUCUCACAUGUUGUCAGUAAACUGCUCAUGAACUACCGAACAGGGCUCACAUCUGAUGACAAACCACUGGACAAGGACAUCCUGCUCCGUUUUGAUAAUCUCUAUGUUGAGUGCAACAGAGUACAAUCUGAGAGCGAGGAUUCACAGCAACUAUUGGCUAUUAAUCAAUUCAGAGCGAUGCCAGUUCUUCCCGAUAUAUCUGAAAUAAGAAGUAACGAGCUCCCGGGUUUGAAAGCUAUUUUGAAGGAGGGUGCAUACGACAGUGUAGACGCGUACCUAGACACAAUUUUUCGGCUGCUCAGGGAGGAUUUUGUUGCCCCUUUGCGGAACGGGAUCUCAUCUUUCAUCAAACAACAGGAAACAAAAGAUAGCAACGCAGUGCGCCUGGACGACGUCCGCGUUUAUCGUAGCGUCCAUAUAUUGAAUCCUGUCUGUGGGUAUGAUGGCAUUUCAUAUCGCGUCCAGUUCAGUAUUCGUGGAUGGAGGACCAAUCAGUUAGAGAAAAUGAAAGUGCUUUGUUACGGAUCAUUGGUGUGUCUCUCCAGAGAUGAUUUUGUGAGUGGUCUUUUCGGCGUGGUUGCGAACCGAAACCCCGAAGACAUCAAGCAAGGGAUCAUUGGUAUUCAGUUUCAGUACCCCGUCACUGAUCCAUCUAUGUAUUCUAAUGAGUACAUAAUGGUAGAGUCUAUAGCUUUCUUCGAAGCCUAUCGCCCUGUGCUGGAGGGAUUGCAAAAGAUCAAAGAGGACACCCUGCCUCUGAAAGACUACAUCGUGAAGGCAUCACGUGACUUCUUGGCUCCCUUGUAUCUUCGAACUGCUGCAGACCAAACUUAUGACCUAUCACCAUUGUACAAGCAACAAUACAAAAGACUUUCAUUGCCCACACAUAUGUUCUCUGGUUCUCCGAUGUCGCUGGUAUCAACAACCACAGCACAAACAACAUCCAAUGAACCAGCACCCAGCUCUUCAAGCAGCCCGGACCUCUGCCAGACAUCUGAUGCCGACAGUGAUCAUGAGUCACCUGAUAGCAAAGCAGCAAACCCAGUAGAUUGCGGCCAGAAAACAGAAGAAAACUACUCAGUGUCUGAUGAACAGAAAACAGAUGAUGGAAAUGUUGAAGAGAAGGUUGCUUCUCCUGUUCUUGAGAAAGUCAGUGAAGACAUCAAACCUGUUAAAAGCUGGUCUAAUCCCAGAGAGAUUGCCGUUUUGAACUUUGCUGACUGGCCAGACGAGACUAUGGUUCAUUUGGACGACUCUCAGCUACGAGCUGUACACGCAGCUUUGACUCAAGAGUUAGCCGUCAUCCAGGGACCACCGGGAACAGGAAAAACCUACGUAGGGUUGAAGAUAAUGGAGGUCCUUCUUCGCCCUCGUAAUCAAGACGUGUGGUCUGAAGGUAAAUCCGGUCCGAUUCUUAUUGUGUGUUACACAAACCACGCUCUGGACCAAUUCCUGGAAGGAGUUUUAAAAUUCGAGAAAAAUAUUGUACGAAUUGGUGGCCGCAGCCAGAGUGAGACGUUGAAAACGUUUAACCUCAACAAUUUAACGAAACGGACUUCAAACGAAGAUAGAUUCAAGCGUGCCCAAAAAUGGCAGAGACAUAAAACCCGGGAAGCGAUCGAAGCCAAAGUCAGCAUGGCGGUUUCAUUUCAGACAGUAAUACACAAUGCCGGUGAUCUGCUGUCCGUCGUGGAAAAUCAACAUGCUGAAGGACUGAAAGGAGAUACAGGGCUGGGUGUCAUGUGCAAGUGGCUUGGGAUAGAUAAAUAUAUUAUCCAAAAGCAUUAUCAAAGCAAAGAUGUUCGGGAUACAAACUUUGGUGGGUUGGCACACAAAGGCGGUGAGAAUGACAAACAAAGAAGCUGGUAUGGUGACUUUGAAGAAAGCAGGCUGCUGGAUGAUGAGAUAGACGAUUGUGAUAUGCAGAACUCUAGAACGCAAGUAGCUCACAAAGUAUCACAAAGGGGAACCAUUGACAUUGCGUCACUCUACAAAUGGGCUGUAGAAAGUAAAGAUGACCGACUUGUAAAGAUUUUAGGGCCUGUGAAGAAAGAAUUGAGGAGCAGUGCUAAGAUGAGUAAGCAGGAUGCAAACAGAGUGACCAAUAUAUGGAGGCUUUGUAGAAGUGACAGGUGGAGACUCUACCGGUAUUGGGUCGACAUGUAUCGCACAACAUGUCUCGUCGAUACUGUUGAAGAUACACAAAUGUAUGACGAGCGAACCCGAGCAAUCACAGAGAUUGACAACGACGAUGUGUGUCAACUCUUGAAACGCGUCAAAGUCAUCGGUAUGACCACCACUGGUGCUGCCAAGAAGCAGUCGAUACUACAACGUGUUGGGGCUCGUAUUGUGGUGGUGGAGGAAGCUGCGGAGGUUAUGGAAGCCCACGUGAUAGCAGCUCUUAGUCAACAUUGCCAGCACCUGAUCCUGAUCGGUGACCACCAACAACUGAGGCCGAACCCCGCCGUUUAUCGUCUGGCCAAACAAUACCACCUGGACUUGUCUCUCUUUGAGCGGUUGGUCAAUAAUGAGUACCCGUGUCAGACACUUUCACGACAACAUCGCAUGCGACCUGAAAUAUCAGAGAUUAUGAGGAACCAUUUUUACAAAGAUAUUCAAGAUGAUGACUCGGUCCAAGGUAUGGAAAACAUCCGUGGCUUGGCGAAGAACAUGUUCUUUAUUAACCAUGACCUCAGCGAGGAUGAUGAGAAGGAUGGAUUGAAGAGCCACUCUAGUGAGCAUGAGGCGAAUAUGGUGGUCGCAUUAUGCAAGCACAUCUUGCGGCAAGGUUAUUCUCCGUCACAGAUCACGGUUUUAACAACGUACAAAGGUCAGCUAUUCUCCAUCAAACCAAAGUUAGACGAAGCAGGAUGCGGCAUGGUUCGCGUCAGCGUUGUAGAUAACUAUCAGGGAGAAGAAUGUGACAUCAUCAUUUUGUCGCUGGUGAGGAGCAACGACCAAGGUAAAAUCGGUUUCCUAAAGACAUCAAACCGGGUCUGUGUCAUGCUAUCGAGGGCCAAGAUGGGGCUCUAUUGCAUUGGUAAUUUUGACCAGCUCUCAGCCAACAGUGCUCUGUGGAAGGCUAUCACAGAUGAACUGAAGACCAAGAAGCUCCUUGGAAACAAACUGGUUCUUGCUUGUCAUCUUCACCCAGAUGAAGAAACACUAGUAGCGUGCGCAGAUGACUUCAAAAAAGCACCCGAAGGCGGCUGUAUGCGUCCCUGCACCUUUCGCUUGACCUGUGGCCAUUCGUGUACUAAGCUGUGCCACCCGGACGAUUCCAACCACGAACAAUUUCGAUGCCAGAAAAGUUGCGAAAGAAAAAUUGUCUCCUGUCAAGAAGGUCACAAGUGUCAGAGAAGGUGUUCUGAGCAAUGCACCAAGAUAUGCUCUGUCCCCGUACAAAGGUUGCUGCCUAGGUGUAACCAUUUAGUCACAAUGAGAUGCUCUGAUAAUCCCGAUUUGCAUAAGUGUGAUGAGAAAGUGUUACGUACAGACCUUCCUUGUGGUCAUAAAGAAAAAAUGCUCUGCCACGAAGCUCCAGAUCAAUGCCCACACAAAUGCAAAGAAUUGUUAGCAUGUGGUCACCAUUGUACUGGCAGUUGCCGGUCUUGUUUUGGCGGAAGGCUACACGUAUCUUGCGCAUACAAAAUAUGUGGUCGUGUGCUGGUGUGUGGCCAUGAAUGUUCUCAAAGGUGUUCGAGCUACUGCCCACCCUGCGAGAGGAAUUGUGAGAAUCGUUGUACACACAGCAAUUGUCAUAAAAAGUGCGGGGAGCCAUGCGCACCUUGUCUAGAACCCUGCAGGUGGCGCUGUGCUCACGGUGAAGGAUGCAGUAAGAAAUGCAGCGAGCCUUGCGAUCGAGAUCCAUGUGACAAAGCUUGCACAAAGGAGUUACGAUGUGGCCAUAAGUGUAUUGGUAUCUGCGGAGAGCCUUGCCCAUCCAAAUGUCGUGUUUGCGACAAAGCAGAAGUCACCGAAAUUUUGUUCGGUAAUGAAGAUGAAGCUGAUGCCCGAUUUGUACAGUUACAAGAUUGCAAGCAUAUCGUUGAAGUGACUGGUCUAGAUCGGUGGAUGACGCAAGUUGAUAGCGUUCCUAACCCAAAUGUGGAGGUCGAGGAAGAAGACGGCGAAUUGAGUUCAGAACCUGAGCAAUCUACUGUCUCCAUUCAAUUGAAAAGUUGUCCAAAAUGCAAGACGCCUAUCCGGCGAAGCACACGAUACAACAGAGAGGUUGUCAAGAUGCUUUCAGAUAUUGAAGCCGUCAAAGCUCAAGUUAGUGGAGGCUCGGAUCGGGCACAGCAAUUUAAACAAAGCAAAUCAGAAUUAAUAACUAUGUUAUUCAAAAUCGAUGCAAACUUCAAUCUUUUUACCUCUGUAAAAAGAGAGGUCUUUUUGACAAGUAAACUUCGAGAGCUAGAGAGAGAUUCAUCAUCACACGAUUUUAACAAGCUCUUGAAUGAAACAAAGUUUGCAUGUAAACUAAUAAAGUUAAGACGGAAUCUAAGGUUAGUCGAUGCGAAGGACUCACCGUGGUUCGAAAAGACCAUGAGCGGUUUACUGAAAGUGGGCAAGCGGCUAUUCAAUUCGUCAAGGCCUUUCCGAGGCACAAAUCAAGAGCUCAUUGACUUCCCAAAUGAACUGCACCGUCUCUACUUCUGCUGCAACGCAUGCAGCCUUCAGCACCUGAUGCACGGAAGAACUGACAGCGCACUGUCGAGCGAGUUGGACCAGGUUGGGGACAUACUCUUCAGGGAAGGGGGACGGCUCACACCAGAUGCAGAGACGAGAGUCACAGAGCUGCUGAAGAAAAUCAAGGAGGGUAUCGGAGCGUUGGGUAUCAGUGAAGAGACCAAGAUAAUGAUCGUUGCGGCAAUGGGUCUGAAGAAAGGCCACUGGUUUAAGUGUCCUAAUGGACACAUCUAUGCCAUUGGGGAAUGUGGUGGCGCUAUGGAGAAAAGUCGAUGCCCUGAGUGUAAGGCUGAUAUCGGGGGCACUAGCCACAAGUUGACUAGUGGCAACGCCGUGGCGACUGAGAUGGAUGGGGCCCAGUUUGCGGCCUGGUCGGAGCAAGCCAACAUGGAUAACUACGAUUUACAGAAUCUUGACUUGUAAAACUUGUCUGGAACCGUAAAGUUUAGUUCUACAAUGAGGUUUUACGGAAUAUUGGUUCCCAGUUCCCCCGUCACGCGCACCAGAGAGGAAGGGAAAUGACAAUCACAAAUUUUGUGAUGUAGGCCUACUCAUUUUCCUAUAGAUAGAGAAGUCAUGUGAGUGAAAUAAAAAAUAGCACGUUAAAAAAAUGUAAAUUGCCAUUGUAUUCAGUAGGGCCUACCCUUCUAGUGCAAGUCCAACCAGAUUAUCAGAUCUUGUUAGCAAAACAAAAUUAGACAAGCUAAACAUGUGUACGAUUAUGUUACAUGUAGUUACAUUUUCACGAAAUACUUUUUGGUAAGACUGCACAUUAAAGGCAGUGGACACUAUUGGUAAUUGUCAAAGACUAGCCUUCACAGUUGGUGUAUCUCAACAUAUG